AUGUCAACAUUUAAAGAUGGUGAUCAUGCAGUUUUAACCUGUCAUGAUCGAACAAAAAUAGUACAAAUUCGAAAAGGACGUCCAAUUUUUAUCGAUAAAAAUAAAAUAUUUCUCGAUCAUCUUAUUGAUCAACGUGAUGGAUCAUAUUUUGAACUUAAAGAUAAAUAUUUAUGCAACAUUGGUACAAAUCAAGCUAAGAAACUUAUUCAAACAGAAGAUAUAUCAUCAGACAAUGCUGGUCAAGAUAAUCGAGAUUUAUGUGAUGAUGGUAGUGUUAAUCAAACAUUACAACAUGAAGAAAUAGAACAAUUAAAAUCUGAAGGUGUAUCAGGUCAAUUAAUUAUAUCUCAGCUUGUAUCAAAAAGUGCAACAUUUGAAAAGAAAACUGCUUUUUCUCAACAAAAAUAUUUGAAUAAAAAAAAGAAAAAAUAUAUUCUAAUUUAUCGAGCAUGGAAGCCAAGUAUUCGUCUAUUAUGUCAAGCAUAUACACAUGAUCUUCAAAAAAUUUUGUAUUUAAGACGUGAUACAUUAGCUAUGCUUUUAUCAUUAUCAAAUAUAAAUCAUGGUUCAAAUGUUGCUAUUGUUGAAUCAUGUCAAGGACUUAUAUUAGCUUCUGUAAUUCAACGUUGUGCUGGUGGAAAUGGAUUUAUAUUUAAUUUAACACCAGCUGGUGAAAAAAAUUCAACUUCUCCAUGUUGUGAUUUUAUGGAUUUCUCAAAUGAAUAUACAACGAAUGUUUAUACAAUUCCGAUUGAAAAUGUUGGCGAUCUAAAUACUAUUGAACGAGCUAAUCAAGCAAAACCAAUAGAAAAACCAACAAAUGAAAAAACUUUACAAGCAUUAGAACGACGACAACGACGCCUUGAUGGUUUACAAUUAUUUGAAAAAACAAAACUUAAUAGUUUAAUUAUUGCAAGUAAAUAUGAUUCACUUUCAAUUUUACAACAUCUUAUCGAUUAUCUAGCAUUAUCUUCACAUUUUGUGAUUUAUUCUCAAACUGUUCAAAAUUUACUUGAAUGUUAUCAAUUUUUGAAAAAACGUGGUGGUAAUAUUCAUGUCGAAAUAGCCGACUCAUGGUUAAGAGAAUAUCAGAUUCUUGACGAACGAACUCAUCCAUUUAUUCGUAUGUCUGGAGCAAGUGGAUACUUGCUCAGUGGUAUGAUUGUUCAAUCAUAA